AGGACUAGCAAAAAAGUCCCGGACGGAGUGUAUAUAACCCGGUAGAGCUCGUCUUUUUUUCGCUCAGAGUCAGCGUAUCAGUCUCUUCCCAUGUCUCGUUCCUCAGAGAAACUCGGCCAGUCCUCCGCCAGCUUGGGGGAAAUUCCUACUGAGUCCAAUCUUGAUCCCGUGCCCAUGCACGACGUCCAGAUUGAGCCCAACUGGUGGUGGAAGUAUCGCCAAAUCCUCCGGGAGCCCGCCGCCGAGUUCGCUGGUACGAUGCUCCUCGUUAUCUUUGGUACCGGCGUCAACUGCCAAGCUGGUUUGUCCACCAAUACAGGGGUGGCGUCCUCUCCCAAAGGUGACUGGGGCUCAGUAUGCUUGGGCUGGGGAGCUGCUAUCGCACUCGGUGCAUGGGUGAGUGGUGGUGUUUCUGGCGGUCAUAUCAAUCCUGCGAUUACUCUGGCUUUCGCUACGUGGCGCGGAUUUCCGUGGAAGAAAGUUCCUGUAUACAUUAUUUCUCAAUUACUAGGUGGAAUUGUUGGUGCCGGAAUUGUUUAUUCCAAUUACUUCCAUGCGAUUGAUAUCGUGGAGGGAGGACGUGGAGUCAGGACUCUACUCACCGCAGGAAACUUCGGCACAAUCCCCCUUGACUACAUGACGAAUGUCUCCUGUUUCUUCUCCGAAUUUCUGGGAACGGCAAUCCUUGUACUCGUCCUACUUGCUGUGCUCGACUCGCGUAAUGGCGCACCACCGAGUGGCCUCGUCCCUCUCGUGCUUUUCGUAACCUUCCUCGGAAUAACAGCUUCUUUGGGCAUGGAGACGUCGUUCGCGAUCAACCCUGCUCGCGAUCUAGGUCCAAGACUUCUCACCUCCAUGGUCGGCUACGGGAAAGCCGUCUACACGUUCAGACAUCAUUAUUGGAUUUGGUGCCCCAUCAUGGCACCAAUUCUAGGCGCACAGGUGGCUGCUAUGUUUUAUGAUGUAUUCAUUUACCAAGGACACGAAAGUAUUGUUAACAGGCGCGGAAAAAUUGGGAGGCGCCUUGCGGAUAUGGUUUGAAUAGAGACACAGUGUUUCCCUAAGGCCUAUGGCCUCUGUGGAUCCUU